AUGUUGUUCGCAGGGGAACGUGGUGUGGAACAGGCAGCGACAGGAGAACAAAAUGACCAUGACGCUGAUCGCCGUGGUGAUCAUGUUCUGCGUGUGUCAGACGCCGACGGCCGUGAUGAUGCUGACGGCGUCCGUGUACGAGCCGCCCGAGAAGACACCCGCGUACUACGUGAACCGCGGUCUGCACACCAUUUUCAACUUCCUGAUGGUGGUGAACGCCGCGUCCAACUUCAUGCUGUACUGCGCCAUGAGCCGCAAGUACCGGCGCACGCUCAUGAUCACGUUCAUGCCGUUCCUGGCGGCCCGGCACGCGCGCAACGCUACGCUCCGGUCAGUCGGUCAGCUACCCGCGGUCCGGCACCAUGGUACGGCGCAACACGGAGGUCACCCAAAUGA